AAACUUCUUCCCAAUCCAAGAUGUUCACACAAUUUUGCGUGUUUGUCGUAAUCGCGCAAUUUCUCCGUUUCACCAUUCCAUGGCUUUAUCGCAAUUUCAUCGGACCACAAUUCUUCUCCGAGUCUCACGACUUUAAAAAAUACGGAUCUUGGGCAGUUAUCACAGGAGCUUCAACUGGAAUCGGGCGUUGCUUUGCCAAACAACUCGCUGCAAAAGGAAUUAAUCUCGUUUUGAUCAGCAAUGAACAAGGAAAUCUCGAAUCAGCUGCAAGAAAAAUCAAAAAUCGGUUCAAGGUCAAGACAAUUAUCGUAAAUGUCGAUUUUCGGGAUGGAAUUUCAGUUUACGACGUGAUAAAAGAUGAAAUUAAAGAUUUGGAUGUCGGAAUUCUCGUGAACAAUGUCGGCAUUGGAUAUCCAGGUCCUUUGCAUUUUCAUGAAUUAGCAGCAAAAGAGGAUUUUUUGUGGGAUAUUCUCGCUGUGAACUUAAUUCCAACAACUUUUAUGACGAAACUCGUGAUCGAUCGAAUGUUAGAGAAGAAAUCUGGCUUAAUUCUGAACAUUUCUUCGUUAGAUGCGACUUUUCCGGUUCCCGUGUGUCUCUAUUCCGCCUGCAAAAGUUACAUGAACAAAUUUACCGAAGACUUUAACAUCGAAUAUCAAGGAAAGGGAAUUCUCAUGCAGUCAAUUAAUCCCGGGCCGGUAAAGACGAAUGUUUGGUGCGUGGAAAUGGGUCCGUGGAUGAAACCAGAUGCAGAUACUUAUGUAGCGUCAGCCAUUAAGAGUGUCGGAAUGGGAAAUAAUGCAAUUGGUUAUUAUCCGCACGUUUUGUUACAACUUGCGGUGAGAGGAAUGAACUUUUUGUGUCCCUUUUUGUACAAAAAAGUCAUUUGGAUGAAUCAUAGGGCGACGAAAUAUCCGUAGAAAUAAAGGAAAUAAAUUCUAUUUUGAGACAAUUUCGUGCGAAAGACUUUUUUUGUUGAUUUUUAUCGAUUUCGCGUGUUACAAAAUUAAAUUCAAUUAUUCACUGUGGAAAGUUUGUGU